UGGUAAUGGCUGCCUUUCUCAUCUAAACCUCCCCGACAGGAAUAUAUACUUCGUAAAUAGUCAAUAUUUUCUAUUUCCUUUUUUUAGAGGGGACAUUUAGCAGACGGUUUAGCAGUCGAUCGGUCGCGAUCUGCUGCAAAUAUGAAUCCGUUUUAGAAUUUAAAGGAUGGGAGAUCUGUCGUUUUCAUAUUUAACCCUUUGCAUCCCAUGAUCCGCAAACAAUCGAGAAGAUGAUGCGUCAGGUUUCCAGCAACGCCAACGACUACUGCAUGAGUGGCAGGCCGUCGUGUCUAGCCGAAGACGGUCGACACCCCGCCAGUCAUUUCGACCUAUGCAGCUCGCAGUCCAAGUUCUACCCCCCUCCUCCCCCGCCGCCCUCCUUGCAAAUGCCCCUGCCACCACUACCACCCCCGCCACAGAACGCCCUAAAACCCAUGCCCUGUCAACGGCAGGACGUCCGAAACGAUCCCCUACCCCUGCCCGGGGGGGUCAAAAACGGCGAGAAACCGGAGGACUCAAAGAAAAAGAAGGGCGCCGGAAGAUCGGGGAGGAGGGGUCGGCCCUCCGGUACCACCAAGUCCGCGGGAUACAGGACCAGCACCGGGCGGCCGCUGGGCACCACCAAGGCAGCGGGGUUCAAGACGAGUCCAGGGAGGCCUCUCGGUACCACCAAGGCCGCCGGCUACAAGGUCAGCCCUGGCCGCCCCCCCGGCAGCAUCAAGACGCUGUCCCGCCUGACCAAGCUGGGCUACGGCGCGUGCAGCGGAGCGGCCUUCCCCUACAGCGUGAUGCACAAGAGAGGCCUGAGCGAACCCGGCGGCAAAGACAAGGAGACUAACGAGACAUCCAUUGGGAAAAAAGAACCAGUUUCUCGAGUCCCUAACAACAGUUUCCCACAGUUUAUGUCCUGUCUGAACUAACCGGCCCAACCAACACAAGACACACAAACCCCUUAUCAAAACCUCUUUUUUUUGUCUUUUGAAUCUGUAUUUUAAUAUUCUAAUAUGUUCGAUUCACAGUUCAAGUUACCACUGUAACUUAGCUACAGGAAGGUUUUUUUAUUUUCUCUGGCAAUGCUGCCUUAUGGAAAUUGAAUAAAAUGAUAUGUCAAAGAGUCUGCCACAUUGAUGAGAUUUAUAGUUUGGACAUGUAGCUAGGAUAGCAGUUAAGGCACAUUUUUUGUUGGAGUGCAAUACAUUGAAAGCAUAUGAUGCCCUUCUUAAACUUCAGGAGUCAAACGUUUGCCAAAUUGUCAAGCCCUAAAACAUAUAUGAGUAUAAAGAUGGAUAAAAGAUUGUGAUUUGUACUAUUUGAAUAUUUUUGGGUGUUUGUCCAGUGGUGGUUAUUUACUUUUCUCCAGUAAUGAAGUAUGAUAAUUUUAAAUCACGAUAUCAAGCUGAAAUAUCUUCAAUGUGUAUUUGAUUCAAAUACAAAAAUACUUAUUUGUAAAGCCCUGGACCAUAGCACCCAUUUGAGUCUGACAUUAAAAAUGAGAACAUUAUUUAUUAUUAUUAUUGUACCUAUGAAAUGCGGUUGUUGCUCUUGUCAUUGUUUUUGUGGGUGGGUGUUCUCUGCAGUUAAAGAAUGUUCCUACGUUUCCACCAUUAAGGCUGUGCUAUUGGUCCACAGGGAAAUGGUGCUACAUGUCUCAGAAUGUACUCACACAGGUUUGUUGUUAAGGUCAGAGUUUUGUCAGAGUUAUUCCAAGAUUUCCACAAAAUGACUAUUAAAAAUAUCUUUGUUAUAUUUUACCAUAUACUUUGUUAUAUGACCAAACCACUCUUCAGAAUAAAUCUGUACGGUCUGUUUUUUUUUUAUUUCAGUAGUGUGUUUGAUAAUAGUUAAUGGUAUUUGAUGUUUCCAUUUCUUGCCUUGUACACCAAAUGACUUGUUAUUGUCUGUAAUAAGGGGAAAUGGGAUUCCCUAAGUCACCGUGUGAUAUUAUUUAAACUGUCAGGCAUACAGUGCCACAAACACGGCUGUCUGUGCUAUGAACUGCAUCUGAGUGAUAGACAAUCAGCCAGAGAUAUGCUCUUACAAAAUGGUGUGUACUAUACAUAGAUUUACUCUUGCUCUGAUGGAUGUAUUGUAUUACAGCUGAUGAAAGAGAGAAAAAAGAAAUGUCAAUUCAAUAUAGCACCCCUGUACAGCUUUCAGUAGGACUAAGUAACAGUCCAGUAACAAUAAUACUCAUGGAUUUUGCUACUACUAACAAGAAUCUGUCAGCAUUAAAUAAGAGGACACACUGUAAGUUUGUCACACAGAAGCAUAUAUAUAUCGUUUAAAAGAUUAUAUUUGUGUGCCUGUUGGUGUGAAUGGUAGGAUUUUAGUUUUGAUUUACUCUGUUCUGUUGUUUUGUGAAAUUAGAGAAACUCUUUCCUGUCUAUCUCACUAAGUCCUGAAGUGAAAGGAUGAAUCAUCUUGCAUUUGAGGAACAUGGAAAGUUCAUACGUGGCAGUGUAGAUUUUAUUAUUAUUAAUAUGAACCCACUGGUGUGUUAUCACCCUGAGACAUGCCGUCUGAGUGCAAUAUUCUCUCUGGCGUUCUGUGUUUGUCUUAUGAUCUGUCCAUUUCGGAAUUACUGAGACAAUUACUUUUAUUAUUUGAAAGCUUUGUGCAGAACUUGAUCCUCAAAACACUCCACACAGCUUCUCUCUUUGGUUUUAUCCAUGUGAAGUGGUGAUUUUUGGGGGAAAUUUAAGAAACAGAAAAACAAACCUACUACUUACAAAUAUUUAAUGAAAAUGAAACCUGAGUGAGCUUUGAUUUCCUGCAACUGUUUGUCUUACCUUUCAUUUCCCCUCAACCAAAGAAUCUGUAAUCUGCCUCUUAACUGUCAAAAACUUUGUGUGAGUUUUGUGCUUCGCUCCUUCAUAAAAAAAAAAUCUAACAAACUGAAUUAAAAUCAAGAGGAUUCUCUCGUUUUAAACUAGUUUUCGGCACAGGAAAAAGAGCACUUACAGUAUUUACCUCUAAUAUUUUUAUUAUAUAUUGGAAAUGUGUGUCUUCUCUCGUUUUUUAAUAAAGAUGGCAUAUGUUAAGUGUAUUAUGAAGUGUGUAUGCCCCGUGUCGGUAGAUUUUAGAAAUUGUCUGGUCAUUCCAAGCUUUUCCAAAUAACCAUACAGUAAGUCUAUUGGAAAUGAACACCUAAGAAAAAAAGAAUUUCGCAAAUAACGUCGAGCACUGUUUUUUCUUCACACUAUACACUGCAGUGCUGUUUUACAUCCUUUUGUAGUGCCUAUAUGUUGCAAUGUUUCAUAUUUGAUACAAUGUUUAUAAACUCAUACUCACAAUAUAUAUGAUAUCAUCACCUGCCUUUGUGAAAUUAUGAAGAUGGGCUUUGUCAUUUGGCAUUGUUAUUGCAAUGUGCAGUUUAAUUGUGUUUAGUUAACUUGUGUAUUACUUUGAUAACAUGGGGUUUGAAAACAUGUACCUUUUUUGUUUUCGAUGUCUUGUGAGAAUGAAAACUGUUUGUCCACAUUAUAUAAGACCAUUUGUGCUUGGUUUCUAUCACAUGUACUGCUAUAUUGCUUGCUAGAAUUCUUUGUUAGAAAUAUUGUGAACCAACAUUUGUUUUAAUCCAAGUCGGGAUAAAAAGUGUUCCGUGAAAAACAGACUGAUGAACACUUACACUCGGGACUAAAACGACAAGCAGCAUUCCACAGUGGACAUUCCUGCUUUGCCGAUUUCAGUCUCGUGAUGGAUGCGGGGUUGACAGACUUUGAGCAGGAAUACUAUUUCACACAGUGUUGCGUUUGUGUGGGUGUAUCGACAGGGUAUAUUGUCCAUGUCCAAAAUGAAAUGAGACACAAAACCAGGGCAUGCAAUACGGUUAGAACAGAAUAAGAGUUGUGAAUAUCUGGCAAGAAGAGCAAUGUAUGUAAAUUAAGAGAUACAUUGUGUUUGUGUUUUUGCUCAUAAAUAUAUAGGAAUUGUACAGUUAUUGCUGCCAGGAGUAUCAUCCCAUGCUGAUCUUUUCAAGGGCUUGUCUUUCUCUCCCUUUCUGCAGUUCUUCACAGUUCUUCUUGCAGAAACCUUCAUGGACUUCCGUUAACCUUUCACACUAAUUCAGUUGAAGAUGAUUUUUUUCUACUCAUCAAACAUACAUUUUGACCAAAUUAUUUAGCUGGUAAUGAAGCCCAGUAACCAACACAUUAUAACCAAUAUAGAUGAAAUACGUAUUUUAUUUUAUUUUUUACUUUUUGUUUUCUUUUGUUUUUCCUGCAUGAUUGUGGAGUGUGGCGACAAGUUGUGUAAUAAACUUUAAAUCAAAA